CCUUGAAUCUAUCUCUUGAGUUCGAUCUGAUUUGAUUUAAAUUAAAAUCUUUGACAACAUCUUCAUGAUCGAAUACUCAUUUACAUUGCUGUAUGUUAUUAAGACUUUCGCCUUGACCUUCAUCACUCUGAAGUCAAUAUUGCAGCCUUUAGACAAGUCCAUCAGAUUUGUCUUCAUUUACUCAAAGUAGAGUUCAAUUCGAGAAUACUCGGGAAAAUAUUGAGAUAGGAAAACAACAGCAAUUCUCUAUUCAGAGGUGUUCUCCUUCAUAUACUUGUCUCUGUGAACAAAUGCAUUCCCAAGUAUGAGUAUUAUUUUGUCUAAUGAAUAUCCUCACUGCUUAUUCAAAUGCUUAAAAGUCUGGAAUAAACCUUCUUAAGGUCUUUUGCAUUAGUAGUACCUUAGCCGAUGGAUAUAAGUUAGCAUCAAUUAUAUGGGAUGACGUCAGCUGGGUUUACUAAGUCUUAAUUACAGAGGAUGGACUCUGCUCUAGUCUUCAUUCAAAAGUAUGAUUGUUUCAUAGAUCUGAUUGUUAAGCUCUCCCUAGCAUUUAAAAGUGGUGCAUUUAGAUAAAUGUAUGAUCAGAUUCUAUGAUUGAAGAAAUGUAGGAUUUGAUUUUACAGCUGAAAAGCCUGGAUAAGGUUUACCAUUUUAUUAUCAAAAGAUGGUAUUGACAAGAUGUGUUGUAAGAUAAUUUCAUUUUAUUUUUCAUGAAAUGGUAUAUCCUAUCAAGACUGUGCCCAAUUGUUUCCGUCUUCAUAAGGUGAUCUCUAACAUUCUUGAUUGAAAAUAGACCCAAGAUGAUUGAAAAAUUAUGUAGUUUCUUCCUCGAUAUUUGUAGUUAUAUUAUCUCUUCAUCUCUUGAACGUCCCACUCCCUUUUUAGAAUCAUUUUGAAAUUCAGUACAUUACUGAGUAACUUGUAUAAUACUUUUUCUCUUCUUAAAGGCCUUCAAUUCUUUAUUCCUAACCAGAGAGUCAGUAUAUUUUUCUGCAUGAAUGUCAGCCUCUCCCUUCUGUUUCUUUUCAGGAGCUCUCUUUAUACUUAACUCCUUGUAAAUAAACACUUGUAAGAAGCUCAGGAUUGUCGUUUAUCCUUAUUUCUUCAUAUUCAUUCUAAGUUGCCCACGGACAAUAUUUUAGAGCUCUUGUUUGGAGAGUCUUUUGAGGCUUAAACGAUCAGAGAAUUUCAAUAUGUUAUGGUUUAUCCAGAUGAACCUACUAUCCAAAAUCAUGCAUAAUUUUGUCCCAGGAAUUUCAAAGUCCCUCCACAAGUUUGCCUGAGAAUUGGAUAAUCCUCUCCUGAUGAGCUUUAGUGUUGUUCAAUUAUCUUUAGAAUGGUAUGUAAAUUAAUAGAAUCAGGUAAUUUUAUUCUGCCCAAUUAGAAAUUACUUCCAUGAUUUCUUAGACUGAAAAGAGCAAAUAAGUUUUGUUGAAAAAUCUAAGAGAGCUACUCAUUAGAAACGGGUCAAAACUUUACACUAAUGAUGGUUAAUAAGGCAUUACAUAUAUCAGUCCUGAUCCUCCUUUGUCAUUAUUAAUUUACUCCGAGACAGUUAUGGAAUUUUAUGACAGUAUAUUGCUGCAAAGUAUCAAAACCCAAAUGUGAGAUGUAUAGAUUUGUUGAAGUGAAAGCUGAGAUGUAUUUUCCUUUUAUAAGAGAGCCCAACUCAUUCUUUAUUCGUGACAUUAUUAGUGGGAAGAAGACACUAACAUUAAGCCAAAUAGUUACCUUAUAGUUCACCCUCUUCUCCAAAUUUCUUAUUCGAAGCAUUUAAUCUAUUAAAAGUUUGAGAGUUGAAAACUUACUUCCCUUCAUUAAAGCUAAGCUAAUUAUUUAUUCAUAUAUGGCUGAGUAUAAGGCAGGAGUUGGCUAUCAACACUUCGAAAGGUCCUGGAUACAAAAUAGGUAUUUGAUAAACACUCUAAUUACUGAAUAUAUCAUACUUUUCAUCCGAGAAAAACUAGAGCUGAGGCAGCAAGAGCUAAUUAAGUAUAAAAAUAAGGGAGCAAAGGCAUUGCCUUAUUUUCUUAAACCCUUUAAGUAACCUUAAGCAUUUUUUGUACUACCAAAGCCAACUUUAUAUAUGAGAAUG